AAACAGUGCGUCAUGCGCGCAUGUCAUUUUCCCUCCCCCCUCCCGUGGCACGCGCGGGUGCGCAGGCAAAAAAGGGGGGACACGUGAUUUCAAGGACUUGCCGGGGAAAGCCUCUGUUCCGGAACGGCCAACAAUUCCACAAGUGUUCAGUAUUCGAUGAUCCUUUGACCAGCGCGCAAGUCUGCCACCAUGGCGAGGGCUUUCUUUGUUGCAGCAACUCUGAUGUUGAUUGGGGCUGCAAUGGUUUCUCAGGCUUUCAGCGUGAAUAAUCUUGAAUACCACAGAUUGCAGCAUUCAUCCAGGAGAGUUCAACGCUCAACAGAGAAACACCAGGCGACUGAAUAUUCAAUGCCAGUAGAUCUCAGCGACCGGUACAGACCAAAGUUCGAAUAUGCUGUGUUAUGCUCCAACUUGACGAUUGUGGAAGACGAGGAAGAGGCUGAGGAUGGGGAUGAGAACGACGACAGCAGUUCCAGCUCGAGCGAGGAGGACACCCACGAGUCAGACAGCGAGGAAAGCGGCGAGGAUCAGUGCCUGCGCGGGCCGUACCAUGACUGCUCAGUGCAGUGCGUCUACCGAGAGUCCAGUGUGUUAAAUGAAGUCGGACUUCCUGAGCCGGAACCUCUGUUUGAACAUGUACUCCAGCUUUUGAAUCGCGAUGGAGAAUUUAAGACCACUGUCAAGGAUGCGGUUAAAACUUGUCAUAAAAAAAUGGUAGACACUGUUCAUAAGUAUGGCCUUGAGAGACUGAAUCUGUGUCUCUUAUUAGAAAUAGUUGACGAAUGUUUGGAAUAUGAAAUUGGAUUGUUUAGGCGUCCAUUGCGUUAUUUCUGUUGCAGCACUGCCCGAAGCGCAGCCGUGUUCCUUACAAGAAGACGUAAAUGCAAAACAUCACGAAACCAACAAUCUGCAUUGGGUGUAAGCCUGCAUGGCUUCCGGCCGAGGCCGAACCAGCGCGAACCAGGCGCGUCCGGCGCGGGCCACGGCGCGUCGCUCGCGUCCAAGGGCGGGGGGCGGGCGGCCGCCGCGCGCGCGCUCGGAGGCGCAGUGAGGCGGAGGAGGCGUCCGGCGCGGCGCGGCGCGUCGCCAGCCACUCGCAGCCAUGGCGCUCGGCAACGGCGCGCGUGUGCGGAUGCUGGAAGAAUACAAACAAGACGGAAGAGGGGAGAGGAUCCUGAGGAAGAACAAUUCUGCUGCUGGUUUCCGUGGAAUGCGACUAUGGUGCAGCCAUAUAUCACAUGUGGCAUACUGGAUCGAAGACAAAAGCGUCCUUGCGGCGUCCCGGUGUACUCGGACGCUGGGGAGCCCAACUUCUCGGAGGCGACAUAUUGCCGGAACGGGUCAGCCGCUGCCCUCACCACCAGCGCACCCGCGAGCGACGACAGCGAAGAGGACGCCGUCCUCUGCACGGCCGCGCCUUCCGACGAUUGCCGCAUACGUUGUAUAUACAGCACUACUGGUGUGUUGAACGCUCAACGCCGCCCCCGAAAACGAAGGCUUGCAAUGCACUGGAUAAAGCGCCUUAAUUCUACAGCUGGAUUCGAAAUACCUAUUAAACAAGCUGUGGAUUUAUGUCUCUCAUUGCAUGACAGACUAAUACAGGAAAAUGGUGCUGCAAAUGUAGAUAUGUGCGUUCUGCAAACGCAGUUGCAUUAUUGCAUUGAGGAAAACGUAGGAAGGAUUGUUGCAGUUGUUGAUGCUGUAGUAAAAGUUGUUGAUAUUGUUGUUUUUGUAACUGAAGAUAUGGCUGUUGUUGCUGGACAAAGUUGUGAUAGUCAAUUAUAG